AUGUCGCCAAAUGCGGACCUCACGCCCCCGGGGAGCAGCACAUACUCGUCGAACACCCUCCAUGUCGGUGAUGGCACCUGGGACCAGGGGCGGGAUACUUUCCUGCUGCCCAAUCUGAUGGGGGUAAACUUUGAGAUGAUGCGAUACAAUGGUAUGGGCAAUCGCUUCAAGGAGAUGGCUGGCUACCAUUCCAUAAUCAUCGCCCAUGGGGUCAUUGGAACCAUUGUUUUCUUGGGCCUCGUCCCUCUCUCCACAUUUCUCAUUCGAUACUAUUCACGAUGGAAUCCAUUUUGGGCAUUUAAGCUCCAUGCCUGGUGUCAGGUCCUCACCCUUCUUUUGACAACAGUUGUGUUUGUGCUGGGGUGGUUCGCCGUCGGGCCGCAAAGAAGCCUGACUAACCCGCACCAUGGGAUCGGUCUGGCCAUCUAUGUGAUGGUGAUUUUCCAGAUUCUGUGGGGCUGGUUUGUACACAAGGUGGAGAGCAAAAGACAGCGGCAUCACGUUCCGUUGAAGCUAGUGAUUCACCGAUGGCUAGGCCGUGCACUUACGAUCCUGGGGAUCGUCCAGAUCCCGCUGGGACUUACGCUCUAUGGCUCCCCCAAAUCACUUUUUAUUUUGUUCGCGCUCGCGGCUUUUGCGCUUCUGUUGGUCUACUUCGUGAUGUCUUAUUUAUAUGACACCGAAGGUUACCACAUGGGCAGUGAAUACGAUGCCCGACACAGCCAUUACACAGGGCCUUCAGAGGUGGAAGAGCACCGUCCGAACCGCCUAGGGCAAGCACUAGCUGGUGGCGCUCUGGGAGCAGGCCUCUUAUCCAUGUUCCGACGACGGCCCCGAAGCCGCACAACGAGUCAAGCCUACGAAGACUCGCGCACUUCAUUUUCGGACGAGAAGUACUCCGAUGAAAGUUCGCGACAUGGCGGGUGGGGCAAGAAACUGCUGGAGGUUGGUGCAUUGGCUGGGGCCGGUCUUCUCGCAAAGAAAUGGUGGGAUCGUCGCCGCAAUCGCCAGGACGACGCCGAGUCUGGUCGAUACCGGCCGGCACAUUCGCGCAGCGACAGCUACACUGAGGAUUCGCUCAGUAGGCUGGAAGACGGACGCCCGGAGCCGAGUCACCGCACGCCGCUUAACCGGCCACCGAGCCGGCCCCCGAGCAGACCGCAGAGUCCCGGCUCGUCGUACUAUUACAACAGCACCUAUUACACGGAGCCCGAGGGUGGCCGAUCCCAUACCGCUCGCAACGCCUUCCUGGGCGCUGGUGCAUUAGCCGCCAUGAAGAAAUUCUUUGGACGUGGCAAAGACGACGACAAACGCCGUCUAGAAGACAUCCGUCGUCGCGAAGAGGAAGAUGAGCGGAUACAGCGUGCCAACAGCAAGCGCCGGCCGCAUGCCGGGGAGGGACCCUACCCGCACCGACGAAGACCGGCCUCGUACUCGGACACCGAGCUCACCGAGACCGACCUGACCCGGCCACCGCGGCAAGCCUCACAUGGAGAAUCUCUUCUGAGUGCUGAACCCAUCGCGUCGGGUGCAGUCCACGCUGCCCCAUCAGACAUUCCUCCCGCACCGCCCGCACACCAAGAACUGUUGGGUGACCUGCGACCCAGCCGCCGGCAUUCGUAUGAUGGAUCAGACUUUGCAUCUGGGACAGCAGCCGGAGCCGCCGGAGCCGCCGCAGCCUCGGGCCACCGCCAUCGCAGCAGUAGUCGACACCGCAGCAACAGCCGGCGCCGCGAGGACCACGUCGAGUCCCCACCCGUGUCCGUGAAAGUGAAGAUGCACAACGACGGGCGCCACGUCACGCUCCGCCGGCUGACGGAAGAAGAAGCGGCCGCCAACCGCGAAGCCCGCCGUCGCGAGCGCCGCAGCUCCCGUCGCCGCGCCGGCAGCGCCAGCUCGUUGUCCGGCAACGAGGGCAGCAACGACCGGUGGCGCCGCGUCGAGGAGAUGGAGCGCCGACAGGCCGAGCAGAUGCAGCGCGAGCAAGAGGCUGCUGCUGCUGCUACCGCCGCUGCCGGUGGAGGUCCCUCCGUUGCCCCCUCCGGCAGUGUUCCUCCUUCUUCUUUCGUUCCACACUCGCAGGUCAGCCAUAUGCCGCCCCCGCCGCCGGUGCCGCACCCUGCACCCUCCAGCAUGCCCUAUGGUCCCGGCAGUGUCACUUCACCGGGGACCUGGACGGGGACUGAAGCCAGUGGUUCCUACGCGAACAACCGCAGACGGCGUCGAGCGGAGCGAGCGCGCGCCCGUCAAGAUAGACAGCAGCCGCACGGCGUCGAGUUUACUUGA